AUGAGUAAAGAAUUUAGUGCUUCUUUGCCUGUGAACGAUGAAGUGCUUGCCAUGUGUGAUUUUGGAGACCUUACCGGUAAAGAUUUGGAUGCAAUGCUGAAGGAAGAUCAAGUCGAUCAGGGAAGGUUUCCAUGUCCUGAUUGUAUGAAGAGCUUUACAACCCGACCUAGUAUGCUACGACAUCAACGUUCCAGGCACGGCGAUAAGCACCUCCAAUGCCCAGACUGUUCAAAAACUUUCUCCAGAGCCGAUCACCUGAAAAGUCAUAUGAAUGUCCAUAAGCGUCGAGCUGCUGCUGCUACUCCACUAUCUACUUCCAAGCAAUCUCGGCUUGAAAACCUUGCUGCUACAUCUACUUCUCGCUUGAAUACCUGCCCUAUGUAA